ACCCCGCUGAGCAUGUCCAACUACUGGGCGAUGGCUAUGGCUUUGCCGCCCGUGGCGGUGUUUUACCUCGUCCAGGCGGGGUCCUUAGCGCUGCUGUGGCUGGCCGUCUUCGCCGGCAGCGGCGUGGACUUCUUUCGGCUCAGCGAGAAGUUGGCGAACACGGCGCUGAAGCCUUCCUGGAUGCCGCGCAACGUGUUCCUUCGCCUGGUGUCCAACCAGGUGUACCUUCCAGCGGCCUACCUGGUCAUCCCGCUGCUCCUUUGGACGGGCCUCUGCGAGCUCACGGCCCCCGUCUUCGCUCUGCGCCUGAGCUGCGCGCUGUGCGUCACCACGUUUCAGCUGGGCGACAGCUGCCGCACCACCAGCCACAGGGAUUACCUCAUGCUCUACAUUUGCUGGAUCUUGGUGAUCCCUAGCGACACCUUGCCGCAAGCAGUGGCUUACGGUCUCUCUGUGCUGUACAUCCUCAGCAGCGGUGUGUCGAAAGCCGUGAUUGGGGGGUCUCAGUGGGCUGCUGCGGGCACGAUGUCUGCCAUCCUCACCACCUUCGCGCGCAAGACGCCCAAGCAAGGCGGCCCCAUCCUCCUGUUGGCCAACCGCAAAGUUCGGCAGAGCCCAGCCGCGUGCGCCUUCCUGGCGUCGCUGACGUUGCUUUUUGAGAUCCUCCUCGCGCCCUUGGGCGCCUUUUUCCUGGCGCCUCGCUGGCGUUUUUCGGUGGGCCUCGGCCUGGUGACGCUUCACCUGGGCAUCGGGGCGAUUCAGAGCGGCGCCAUUGGCGCGUUUUUCCUGCCCAAUGUGGCGGCCUAUGUCCUGGGCUUCGGAUGUUUCCAGGACGCAGACCUCUCCGUGCUCUCCAGCGGCUGGUGCGUAGCUGUGGCCGUGUGCUUUGUGCUCCUCGGCGCGGCAUUCGCCUGCCGACGCAGUGGGCUGAUUCAGGAGGAUUGGCCUUUCACGCCCUUCGCGCUCUUCCCCUGGAACGGCCAGCAGUGGAACUUCCUUCAUGAGUCCUUCGUGGAGUCGGACACCCGACUUGUGUCGCCCUCCGCCGAUGUUGGGCAGUUGCUGGGGUGCAGAGUUAUCCCCAUAGAACACCGCUCGGACGUGCCGCUGCUGGCACGAAGCAUCGCCCCUGAAGCGGAGGAGCUGGUGCUUUACGAUCUCUGGAGCCGAACGCUGGGGAUAACCACCUACCAGGACAUUAUCCUCGAAGCGCUGAAGCCCACGUUUGCUGCCUUGGGCAAGAAUGAGCUUCAGCAACCCUUGUCGCAAAGCGAGAACGGGCUUCCAAGCCGACUGCAAGCGGUGGCAGACGCCACCUGCAAGUUGCUGCAGAUGGAUCGAGUCGUGGAGCUCUCCACGGGCAAGCCGCUGCGGCGUUGCCUCCUGGUCCGUGUGGACGCUGCGCUUCGUGUGAAGGAAGUGAUAUUGGAGGGCCAGAUCUGUUGCGGCUACGUGCCGGGCUGGAGGAAGUGGUCGGAGAGGAGCCGGAGCUGGGUGGCCAUCUUCGAACACCAGGGCGUUGUCUGGCGCAAGCAUGUGUCAGAGAAGAAAGCACCUAGGACCAAUGAGCACGUGGACCCUCUGGUGAUCGAGAUGAAGGCAAAGCACUGCUGCGGAGGCUGCGACUCCGGCAGCGAGGCAGAUCCGGAAGCGGGUCUGAUGCCUGGCACAGAGGAGGAGGACCCGGACUUCUUCAUGGCCCGGGAGCUCAAGUACAACCUUCAGCUAGUGACGGACCUGGUCGGCAUGGCCAGGCAGACACAGAUGUGCCGGUGCGAGCAUCGUAUCGGCAGGUACGAUUGCGCAGGACUGUCCUCAGUGGACGCCAUGGGGCGUUUGUGCACGCAGGUGAGCUACUGGCUUACAGACGAGGCCGCUCAGGGCAACUACGACCGAGCCUCCGAGACCUGGGGCAUGCUGCUGGCGGUCUGGGACCACCUCCUACGAUUCCAUUUUGAGGAGAUGGCUGAGUGCGGCUUUGAUCACAGCAUCGCCACGCGGUUCCUGGAAAGGAGCUUGCACUACGGAGUGGGGAACGCGUCGGAUGUACAGAAACUGAUGGAGCAACUCGAUGUCAUCGGAGUCUGA